UUUACUUGGACAGAUUUUAAAAUUAAUUUGCGGUUUUUGGUAUCGGGAAAAAAUUAAAAAUGUAUUUUAAUAAUUUCACACCAAGAUACAACCCUCAAAUAAAUCGUGGUCAUCUACCUCGUUUCGAGCUUCAGCAACAGCAAAAUCAGUGUUGCCGAAAUAUGUCACCCUCCCAGGAAAUAAAGCAAGCUGUUACAGAAGAACAGAAGAAUUCAAAACGUAACCGAACAACAUAUACCGAGGAGCAACUUUCCGAGCUACAAAGAAUUUUCUGUGAGAACAAUUACCCAUGCCGUGAAGCAAGAAUUGAGACAGGAUUUAGAUUAGGUCUCACAGAACAACAGGUCAAGGUUUGGUUUCAAAAUUAUCGAAUGAAGGUGAAAAAAACUACCGAAAGUAAAGUCGAUAAAAUCGAGAAGAAAAAUUUAAAUCCUCCGAAGAAUGGAAGAAAUCAGUUACUUGCCGCUGAAGACGUUGAUCGUAGGCGAAUGAACCCUCUUGGAUUAGGUUCAACUGUACAUUACCAUCAUUCACCACCGAAUCAAGAUAUGGGUUUUAAAAACGACGGUAACUACUGGACAAAUGGUACCAACUACCAAUCAGCAUACAGCGGAAGUAUGCAAAAUGCUACCAUUUAUACUGAAUCUUCUGACGCCCAAAUGUAUAAUAACAACAUUAAUAAUUAUUAUUCAUCCGUCAAUGGACGUAAUUCUUACGUAAGGUUGAUAUUUUUGUGUAAUGUUAAGUCAUUAAGAAGAGAUCAGGCAAAUAAUGAUCCAGUGUUUAAUUCAUGGGCAAUACGUAUAAAUACUUAG